AUGACGUUAGAGGAAGUUAAGCCUAACCAAGUUACCAUGAGGACGUACAUCAAUAUGAUCCAAGAGAAAAUGGAUCAAUUGUUGGAGACAAUGCUCGCAAUUGCCCAAAGAGAGAGGGAUAUGGAUGAAGAAGAUAGGGCAAAAAGGAAUGAUAGCACACCAGGUUUGGACCCCCAAGACGAGAGUUUCGUCCCCACCAAGAAGAGACUGGUUCAUAUACCGGUAGGAGGCGAAGGAGAUGGGGAUCGUGCAGAGCCUUCUGAUGCGUCUACUCAUCAUGGAUCUGAAAUUGGAGAUGACCCAUUAGUGAGUAGUGCAGCGUCCGACUUCGCACAUCUAGUCACAAUCGGAGAUCGCAUAGAGAAAGGGUUGAGGGAUGGAAAGAUUCCAGGAGUUGUGGCAGCCCCUAGCGCACCGAAAAAGUAUUUUGGAGGCUUCCAGAAGAAAAAAGAAGGUGAAACAAACGCUAUAUCCAGAGGCUAUAAGGGGAAGCAACAGGCUUCAUAUGGCCAAGUCGCCGCCGUGGUACCCAUACCUUAUCAACAACCAAUGCAGCAACAACAGGUGUAUCAACCACAACAUCAACAACAUCAUCAACAACAAAAUACCGUGCCACCAAGACAAUUCAAGCCAAGGCCUCCUAGAAGGCAACCUGAUCCUCUACCAGUACCUUAUAGCCAAAUAUUCCCAUAUCUGCAAAAUGAGGGCCUUCUGACAUUAAGGGAGCUAAAACCGACUAUUUUUCCAUAUCCACCCGGAUACGAUGCUAACGCCCACUGUGAGUUUCACAUGAGAGCACCCAGUCAUACCUUGGAGAAUUGUUUCACAUUUCAAAAUCGGGUACAAGACUUGAUCGAAGCAAAGGUUGUGUCCUUCACUCCGAGACGCCCUAACGUGAACACCAAUCCCAUGCCAACACAUAAGGAUGCUUCCGUCAGUGCCAUUGAGGAGAGUGAUCAAGGCAAAUUGAUCUGUAAGAUUGAAGAGAUUCAAACCCCUAUCGCCAGGAUAGGAGCACAAUUGCUGAAGAGUGGUCUAAUCCCGGAGGAGCUAGUUGUUGAAGAGAAUAAUAAAAAGUUAAGGAAUUUUAUACAACAAAUGUUGGACCAAGGCGAGUUACAGAUAAAUCGUCGUGUCAAGAGAAAGCGCCGGGAAGAGAUAGUCGUGGUGGACAUCCCUUAUGAUGAGGUUAAUGUAGAAAUACCUAUAAGCCCAUUGGUGAUAGAGUUUCCAACACCGUUCGCGUAUGAAGAUGAGAAGGCGAUCCCGUGGAUAUAUCAGCCCAGAGCUUUUAAGCAAGGGCAGGAAGACCAACCUUUGAGGAUCAACGAACCAAACAUCACCUCGUUUGUGGGGCCGACAGGAAUGACACGUAGUGGCCAAGUGUUCGCGCCAAGAACUGCUGAUACUUCUGCAAAGGCUAAAGGGAAGGAAGCUGUUGUCCAGAUCCCCGUUCCUAAUCAAGAAAUGCAAGACAUGCACAUGUCUCCUAAAGCGGCAGUCACUCGUGAAGAGGCUGAGGAAUUUCUGAGGAUAAUCAAGAAGAGUGAUUAUAAAGUGGUGGACCAGCUGAAUCAAACACCUUCAAAAAUCUCCAUGUUAUCUUUAUCGCUCAACUCAGAAGCACACAUGAAUUCGUUGUUGAAGUAUUGA